AUGCCUCUGAAUCAAACUCCAAAACGUUUGAGUCUAAGGGGCUCGCACGGCGCAGCCGAGCGCUGCCGCCCAGCACAGAAGGGCUGCAAAGCCACCAGCAUCAAAUCUGAGGCAAAGUUGAGCCGAGCUGGCUCCUAUUUAACGAACCGAACGUCAAGUUUGGAGAACGGACCCCUGAAAAGCUAUCGGACAGCUCUCCCCAGAGAUGUCCGAUCCGCAAACUUACUCCGCAAUUGCCAUUAUUCUUGGAGUGAGGCCCGGAGAGAGGAGCGGGGGGCUCGGGCUGCCGCACCCGGCGGCAAAACCACCCCGCAGGUGACUGGCGACCCGGCGGACACCCCCGCCGCCCCCACGGCCAUUCUCUACGGGGCGGAUCGCAUCGCUAUUUAUAAAGGCGACGUGCGGGAGCGAGUCGCCCCGGCCGCCACACGCCCUCCGUCCUCCCGCGGAGCCCGGAGAAACGGAGCCUCCCUCCCAAAGGCACCUGAGGGAAGAGGAAAUGGGUCUGCCUUCACAGCACCCCCUUCCCUGAAGCGCUCCCGAGCCCUUCCCGGGAGGGAAGGCACUCGCACGCCCGCGGGGCACGGACGCGGUGGCGGGCGCCGCUCCUUACCUGGUGCUGCCGCGGCCGCCGCUGCUGCCCGCGCUCCGGCUGCUUCGGCCGCGGGACCCCCAUGCCCCCCGCGCACUCCGCUCCGCUCCGCUCCCCUCCCGCGGGACGCGCCACCCGCGGGGCGCCGGAGCCUUGCACGGAACCGGGGGCCGUCCGCUGGGGUGCUGCGGGGUACUGCGGGCUGGCGUGAGCGCCGCUGCUCCUCCUCUCGUUCCCCCGCCACCCCUUCCUGGCGCUCCCCCGCGCUCCGCCCGGCGCUGGGUCUGGAGUGCGGCUCCGCCGCCGGACGGGAGGGCGGGGCGGCGGCGGGAGGGCGGGGGCAGCAGCGACACUCACACCCGCGCCCGCCGGCCCCGCACGCCCGCAGCUCCGCCCGCCCGCCGGCCCCGCCUCCCGCGGCUCCGCCGGCGCGGCCCCGGGGGACCGCCAACUCCGCAUUGGCCACCGGCGCUGUCGCGCAUCCCAAACCCCGCGCCCCGCCUGACACCGCCUCCCCCGCCGCCUCUCGCCCGCCGCGGCGGGGCGCGGACGGGGAUCCCCGGGGCUCUGCGGGGACAGGCGGCCAGCUCGGGAUCGGAAGCGAGCAACAGGCUCUGCAUUGCCUCAGUGAAAGUCCGUCUCAGAGCCUCUGGGCUUGCUGUGCCCGCACGGCUUUAGUGUGUGCUCUUACCCACAUCUUGCAACCGGGGAUACCUAUAGAGAAGAAACACAUGGCAGUGGAGUUCUCGGAAUUGCCCUAUGUGCUCUGUCUCCUGCGUACACUCAUAAGUUUCACGUGGAUCAGGAGCAUGGAGCUUUUCCUCUGUCUUGUGCAGCCCUGAACAGUAUCAUUCCUUUUGGCUUCCAGGCUACCAUCUGUGUACCCUCAGGGAGUCAACAAGAGAAGAACAAGGGCCAGAAACCAGAACACAGGUGAAAAGAGGUAAACAGAAGCUUCUUGCAAUAAUAAAGGAAUGUUCAAGCCUCAAAAGCACAAGAGCAAAUGAAGCAAGAGGAAUCCCUUGCCCAAACUAAAAACUGAUAAACCUACAAUUGAAAUGGGUGGAAAAAAAGAGGACACUGACUUUCGAUUCAGGUUCUAAUUCUUGCAGGAUGCAUGUAUUUACUUGAAUUGCCUAGUGAAGGACACUCACUUGCCACAGAUUUGGGAUAAAUCACAGCAGGACAGUUCAGCCUUUGACAAUAUAGAUCCAGAAGGAUUAUAACAGCUCAGCUACACAAGUAACAUGCAAGCAGAAAUCAGACAGAAGACACCCCACAGACUACAUGCUGGGCAGCUCUGAUUAAGAUGGGUGCCACCUUUUUCCUGCAGUUCUCUCCUCCUGUUCUGAUUUAACUUCACUUCUCCUGUUGAUAUUUAACUUUCAGAGUACCCAGCUCAGCCACAUGUGAAACUAGUCUUCAGACACUGUUAGCACACAAGGAAUUGUUCCAACAUCACCUACUAAGUGUUUGUUUCCAGUGACAUAAAGACAACUCUAACAACCAAA